AUGAGCUCGGGUGCAGGAAGCGCCGCUUGCUACACAACUCCUUUGUGCGGAGACUUGACACAGGAUCGAUUCCCGCGGAUUGCCGCGCCCCGCACCCAGGGCCGUAUACGUCAAACGCCGUGUUCACAACAUUUACUUCCGGAAUCGCUCGUCGAGCCGAUUCCGCUGAUCUCCACGCACCGCCCGUGGGAGCCUUCUGGUGGAAAUUACUUGGCAUUUGUCUGUGCGCGUGUGCAGGCGUCCGCCGCGACAAAGUUCAUUCCCCUUCUGGAUCGGGUCCUGGUGCAGAAGAUCGCAGUGCCCACCAAGACAAAGAGCGGUCUGUUCCUUCCCGACUCCGCCCAGAAGAACGUCAGUGCCCACAUGGCGAAAGUUCUGGCCGUUGGCAAGGGCCGCCCCAACUUGAAAACUGGCGAUCUCAUCCCUCCUUGCGUUCAGGUGGGUCAGACCGUCGUCGUUCCCGAGUACGGCGGCAUGAAGGUUGUGAUCGAUGAGCAAGAAAUGCAGGUCUUCCGCGCCGACGACCUCAUCGCCGUUGUUCAGGAGUAA